AGCAACACCUUUGGACUGAGUUUCUUCUAGAGUGGAAGCAAGAAGAGGAUUAAUACAUUCAAUUUUAAAAUAAGCCAUGGCCCAUGGUUUGGUGAUGUUCAAAGAUGUGGCUAUAGAUGUCUCUCAGGAGGAAUGGGAAUGCCUGAACCCUGCACAGAGGAAUUUGUACAAAGAUGUGAUGUUGGAAAACUAUAGCAACUUGGUUUCACUUGGACUUUUGGUUUCCAAGCCGGAUGUGAUCUCCUCAUUGGAGCAAGGGAAGGAGCCCUGGAUGGUUGUGAGGGAAAUGACAAGAAGAUGGAGUCCAGACUUGGCAUCCAGGGAUGAGCCCAAGAAGUUAUCUUCAAAAAGGGACAUUUAUGAAACAGAAUCAUCCCAAUGGGUUUUCAUGGAACAAUUUAAAAGCCAUAGUCCUGAGGGAUCCAUUUUCAGAGAUAUUUGGGAAUGUAAAUGUCAUUUUGAGAGACAGCAGGGAUGGCAGGAGGGCUAUUUCAAGAAAUUUAUGAUCAACCAUGAAAAUUUGCCCAUUUUUAGCCAAUAUACUUUACUCAGUCAAGAAUUUUAUAAUAGAGAGAAAAUCUCUGAAUGUAAAAAAUGUAGGAAAAACUUGAGUUACCAUUUAUUCUUUAAUCACCACAAAAACACCCAUUCUAAAGGAGAACUUUCUGAAUGUAAGGAGUGUCCAGAAAUUGUUAAUAUACCAUUCCUUAUUAGCCAACAGAGAAUUCAAAGUGGUGACAAAUGCAAUGAAUAUAAGGAAUGUUGGAAGGCCUUUAUUCAUUGCUCACAACUUAAACAUCUUAGAAUUCAAAAUGGAGGAAAACGCUAUGAAUGCAAAGAGUGUGGGAAGGCCUUUAAUUAUGGCUCAGAACUUACUCUACAUCAGAGAAUUCACACUGGUGAGAAACCCUAUGAAUGUAAGGAAUGUGGGAAGGCCUUUAGACAGCGAUCACAACUUACUCAACAUCAGAGACUUCAUACUGGUGAAAAACCCUAUGAAUGUAAGCAAUGUGGGAAAGCUUUUAUUCGUGGCUUUCAACUUACUGAACAUCUGCGACUUCACACUGGUGAGAAACCCUAUAAAUGUGAAAAAUGUGGAAAGACAUUUAGGCAUCGCUCACACCUUACCAUACAUCAGAGAAUUCACACUGGUGAGAAACCUUAUGAAUGUAGGGAAUGUGGAAAGGCCUUUAGCUAUCACUCAAGCUUCUCUCACCAUCAGAAAAUGCAUUCUGGGAGGAAACCUUACGAAUGUAAUGAAUGUGGGAAGGCCUUUUGUGAUGGCUUACAACUUACCCUACAUAGUAGGAUUCACACUGGUGAGAAACCCUAUGAGUGUAAGGAAUGUGGGAAGACUUUUAGACAGUGUUCACACCUCAAAAGACAUCAGAGAAUUCAUACUGGUGAGAAACCUCAUGAAUGUAUGAUAUGUGGUAAGGCCUUUAGACUUCAUUCACACCUUACUCAACAUCAGAGAAUUCAUACUGGUGAGAAACCAUAUGAAUGUAAGGAAUGUGGGAAAGCCUUUAGCUAUCAUUCCAGCUUCUCACAUCAUCAGAGAAUUCAUUCUGGAAAGAAACCUCAUGAAUGUGGGAAGGCCUUUAAUCAUGACUUACAACUUAAUCUACAUCACACACUUCAUACUUUCCUCCCUCCCCAUCCUAGUCUAUCAUGAAGUUAUUUUUUAAGAUACACAUUC